AUGUGCCUCCCGUUCCCAGCAUACCCACCUCCGCCGCCCAACCCCCCCCUAUCUCCCUCUGCCUCCGGGGCCUCUCGGCCCAUAGGCCAACAGUUGGUGGCCGCGCCUGGAUUUUGGGCCCUUUUGGCCAUCGUGGCGGCCGGGUGCCUUGCUGGCGCCAGCUACUUUUUCUGGAGGAGGUCAGCCUCCAAGGGCGAGGAUCCUGAGGGUAUCCCCCUCCAAGAUAUCAUUGUGGCCAGGGGGCCCGAGGAGACACAAGAGGGGAUCCGCGAGGACAUCCUCGCAAAGGGCGAUGUCGACGACCGUCCGCGUUCUGUGGCCACCGAGACCCCCAAGACCACCGAGGCCCCCGAGACUCCCGCGGCCCCCACCACACCCAAGAAAAAGACGAAGAAGAAGAGGGUGGUGACCCCCGCAGGAUUGGCCAACGCCAGUGCCGCGACGCGCAAUGUCGCCCACGGGUUCAAAGAGGGCUUCACAGCCCAGCCACCGGUGGAAAUGACGAGCUUGUUAUGCUAA